AUGUCGGUUGUCGAGCCAAUAUACACCAAUAAUAAUAAUAAUAAUAAUAGUAGAAGUAUGAAAUUAAUGAUAGCUGGUAUUGGAAUCGGAAUACUAAUUACAAUUACUAUUCUUGGGCUUGUAAUAGCCACAUUUGUCAAGGUUAACAACGGAUCAAGUAAUCAAUCAACAUCCACACCUUCACUUAAUUCAGUUUUGGCUGACUCAAUUCGCAUUGAUGAUGUAAUGAACCAUCUCAAAGAGUUACAACGCAUAGCUACUGCUAACAAUGAGAAUCGAGCUGUUAGCACCAUUGGCUUUAAUCAAACGCUUGAUUAUAUUACAAAUACUCUUGCUAUCGAAACUAACUAUAAAGUAUCUAAACAAUUCUUUUCUAUACGACAGUUUGCUCUCGAUGGCAUUCCAAUCUUAAUUUCGUCAAUUAAUGAUGUUACCAAAACGUAUACAUAUUCAACUGAUCUUACUGCUGCUGACUUCUAUCAUAUUAAAUUUUCGACAGGGGCAAAUUUUUCCGAUUUUAUGCCACUUACUGCUAUUCCAAAUGUUGGUUGCUCAGAUGAUGACUGGCAAAAUGCUAAUCCACCAGUAGCUGGAAGAGUAGUAUUAGUCAAAAGAGGAAUUUGUGCAUUUGAAGACAAGGGUGCUUUGGCUGCUAAGCAUGAUGCGGCUGCUAUUUUGAUCUACAAUGAUGGUGCAACGCCUGAUCGUGUAUCACCUAUUGCUAUUGGUCUCGGUCAACAAAACAAUCUAUCUGCUCUUUUUCUUUCAUCUAGUGUUGGCCAAGAACUUGCUAAUGCAGCUCAAAAUCCAUCAAACAAUGCAAGUGUUCAACUCAUUAUACAAGUCAAAAAUUUCCCUUUAUCACCUAUAGGGAAUAUUUGUGCCGAUACACCGACAGGUGAUCCUACUCAAACAAUUGUUGUUGGUAGUCAUAGUGAUAGUGUAGAAACUGGUCCAGGCAUUAACGAUAACGGUAGUGGUAGUGCAGCGAAUCUCGGUUUAGCUCUUGCUCUUGCUGGUCUUUUUCAAACAUCUACUCAUGAAAAAUAUAAAUAUCGUGUUCGAUUUUGUUGGUGGGGUGCUGAAGAGAUUGGUCUUCUUGGCGCUGAUUAUCAUGUUAAACAAGCAAAAAUUAAUACUGCUGUUGGCGAACGUCUUGAUGAUUACUUGGUUAAUCUUAAUUAUGAUAUGCUCGGUUCACCGAAUUAUAUCUUUGGUAUUUAUGAUGGACGAACAGCAAACAAUAACACACCAGUUCAUGCUCUUCCAGGUAGUAAUAAAGUUACAGCUGUAUAUCAGGAUUGGUUUACUAAACAGAAAUUACCUUGGACUUAUACUGACUUUAGUGGUCGAAGUGAUUAUGGUCCAUUUUUAGCUGAAGGAAUUGUGGCUGGCGGACUUUUCUCCGGAGGAGACGAUGUAAAAUCGGCAAAAGAACGUAAUUACUAUGAUGAAAUGCUUGGUCAAGGAAUGGGUGGUAUUGCCGGUGCUAUUCAUGAUCCAUGUUAUCAUCAAGCUUGUGAUUCCAUUCAAAAUAUCAAUGUAUUUGCAUUUGAAAAAAUGGUGCAAGCUGCAGCUUAUGUUUUAGAAUAUUUAGCUCGACAAGAUGAUUUGAAAGGAUGGCUUUAUCCGGAGGGUAGAUCAUUGGGUUUAAAAAAUCGACUAUCACAACGAAAGUAUAACUCUAUAAAUGAAUAUUUUGGUAUGCCUUAUUUAUGA